AUGUCGGCCGUCACUAUGGAAAAUACGAUCUCGAGCGAGUCGGUAAGAUAUUUCCGAUCGACGGGCUUGUCCAUCCGUCCGUCCGUCCGUUCGCCCGACGACUUCUCGAGACUUGUUCACGAGCGGUGAAACUUUUUAGGUUUCUUCGACGAUGCACCGCCGGGCCCGUUUGACGAGUAUCGAAGGCCCGAGGUGAUAUUUCGCGAGGGCAUCGACAAAGGACGUCAAAUCCUCGCCGGACCUUCCGGAGUGCUCUUCGAGAAGAAAUUCGAGCGAAUCUUCGAAGGCGAAGCACUCAGCGAAGUGUGGCGCGACGAAGCGGAGCGGCGGUUACGAGACGAGAAGAGGAAGAUCCGCGGUAUGCUACCGACGUCGCCAUCGAAGAAGCACUCGACUCCCGGAGAUUGGUACGGAUGUUUCGAUAAGCCUUCUUACCUCAGUCCGUUGCUGAAGAUGGAAGAGAAAAAAAAGCUGCCGGCUCUGCCUAAUAUGAAGAUCAAGCCGAAUCCGCUUGGCGGCCCGGGAUACGCGAAUAUUUGCUUCAGUCCUUAUCCGGCGUAUUCCCACGAGCCUUACGAUCAAGUCGCGGAAGGAAUACUUCGCAAAAAAACGAAGCACGUGGGCCGAUUCUUGACAUCCAACGCGCCACUGGACUAUUUCCCUCCCAAUCCGUACAAGGACGAGAGUCCAGGACCUAUUUACUUGCGUUGGGACGUUGGGAUCGCGAGGAGGCCAGCCAAGAAGAUGCAGUUCUACGUCCCAUUCCCCAAAGCGCCGGGCGGAAGUCACGCCGGUUGCUUCGGCAAGUUUCCGGAAUACGCGAGCGAGCCUUAUAUCGAGCGACAAAAAGAUAAGAUCGCGGUGCCCAAGUUUAUAAGCGGCGGCUCGUCCACGCGCACCAAAUACACGAGCAGUAUCAUCGAGCAGAUAACCAGGGUAUCGUGCAACGCGCGCAAUUACGUGGAAUAUCGAGAACGAGCGUAUCCGCCGCGGCGCGCGGAGGAGGAUCGUUGUUCAUUUACACGGGAAAUCUCUCGAAUUUAAAAACUACCCCGCGCCCACCCCGCCGCAUUCCGUGUAUCCCGCGCGUGCACCCUUCCUUUUUUCAACCAUCGGGCGAGAUAACCGGGACUCGGAUAUUUGCGAUAUUUGCGCCCGGCGCAAAAGCGAGCGAGUUAUUGUCCGGGAGCGUGAAUAAAAUGGGCAGCAGGAGCAAGAGCGAAAGCGAUCGCGUGCAGAUGGACUUGAGUAAUUAGGACGUAGCGCGCGAGAGAGGGAUUCGGCGAGCGCAUUUGUUUGCCGGCGGAUUUCGCGCGGCGAAGCCCGGUUAGAGCGCGUAAGCUGACUUCGCGGCAUCGCGCAGCACUUGCGGCCAAACUUCGCGCAUUAUUUCCGUUUCAUCGUGUUCGCGAUGCAUGCGUUAUUACUUGCGAUCCCGUGCCAGCAGCGCGGGCCCGAGAAUACGUCUGUAUCGCGCGAUACGACUGCUGUUCGCGUUCGUCGGAUGGUGGACGAACGGCUUUUCGGCGGCGGUCAGUGAGCCGUGAGCGCCGCAAGCACGAUCCAAGCGGCUUCCGACUCUCUCACAUUACCAGUCGCGGCGGCAGCUGCAACUGUACAGCAACAGCAGCAGCAGCAGCAACAGCAACAGCAGCAGCAGCAGCAGCAGCAGCAGCAGCAGCAGCAGCAGUGCGACGAGGCCCUUUCAAAGCGAGUCACUCCGCCGCGUCCGAACUUACGGCCUAAUGAAAUUCUAACGGUCGUUCUAUCGCCGUCGCCGCAUCAAGUAGUCCACCCUCGCUGCGGCGGCAAUUAAAUCCGACGUCCUAUAUUCCCGGCAAACAUCGCGCACUUCGGAGGACAGGACUGUCAGGGCCGACCUUUACCUAGGCCGACCGAUAGAAUCCCCGGGAGCGCGGGAGAGAGCGAGGAAGAUCGGGCGGGAGAGAGAGGGUGGGAGGAAGAAAGCGGAAAAGUCGCUCAUAUUUGAUCAGGGACGAGUAAGCGAGCGUAAUUAGCGGCGGAAUGUUUUACUUGCCGUCGAGGGGGAAAAAAGCGAGUCCUUUUUCUCACGGCAAGGCCAGGAUUAACGAGCAAGAACAAGCGGCCGGGCUGACACGGUACGUGUGCGGCGUCGCGGAGCGCCAAAAAGACAAAUCGCCCUUCGUCUUGAAUCGCGGCGUCGGUGAUGAGGCAAGGAGAAGAAGGUGUGCGAAGGACAACUGCGGAUGUCUUGUUGGCGACAGGCGAAAAAGGAUUGCCAUGGUGCGACGUGGGAUAAUACACGAGCUCGAGGAGAGCUCGCGGUUGUUCUUCGCGCGUCGUCCGAGCGCCGCGGCGCAGGUUUGCUCGCAUACACGUGUACGUCCGGACCGUCGGCAGGUCGGCGAGCGGGGAAGGGGGGAGCCUCAAUUACAAAUUGCGACAUACUCCGGGCGAGCAGCAGCGAAACAUUUCCCCGGCAAAUGAACUCUCCUUUCAACGAAGACUGCGCGCGCGCGCGCGCGCGCGUGCGAUUUCCGCGAACGCGCCGCCACGUGAAGGAGUGUUACGUAUAGAAAUGCAAUAAGCGUUUCCGCCUCUGAAAAAUUUCUUGGGAGGCACGUGGCAGACAAGAAAUGGCAGCGGGCGGGUAUGAUUCCACGAGAUUUAUUCCGCGGUUGAAGCCGACCAUUUCUCCGUGCCGUGUCGUUGCGCCGGUAUUAAACAUUCCAGGCAUUGCGAUGCCUCUCCAAUACUCGCCGGUCUUCCACGUAGGGGCAUUGCACAAGAAGACCCGACUCGGCUCGAAGCAGUCGCACACGGCCACCCUCCGUCGCACGCGCGCGCACGCGAUAUAAGCAUGCACGUGAAUGUAUGAGUGCGCGCGCGUGUGUCGAUGUGUGUCGUGUGCUGCACGUACGCGCCGCCGAAGAAGCGGAAGAGAGAAGCGUCGGCAGACGGUAGGCGGUAACAAAAGCGGACAAGGCACACGGGGGUUGAUGCGAGAGAA